AAAAAGAAAAAAGUUUGUGUGCCCACAAAUAUUGUGCCAACUCGGAGUAAGUGGAAGGGUUUCAUCCCCUGGAUUGGCACCAAUCGCAACAAAAUGUCACUCUUCUCCCUUUUCUGAGCUCUCAACAAGACUAAAGGAUUGUGUAUUGGUCCAGCUCUCCAUAGUGAACUGGACGAUGGCAGGCCCUCCCUCUCAGCGCCUGUUGCCCCCUUCUGGACCCAAAACACACUUCAGGAGCAUAGACCAUGCAGGAGGGGACUCGUUGGACACUGGGCCGGUCAACACCGGCCCUGAGCUCAAGUCGCCACCACAAACCCCGCUUAAAGGUGAUCAGAGCUUUAAAGACUGCUGUGAAAUCAAGGAUAAGGACAUGGAUGAGGACUCUUUGGGACGUUGCUCUCUCCGUGACAGAAACAGCAAUGGACAAGUUGCAGAUGGCAGCGGUUUAGGGACAGGGCCAGGCACCUUUCAGAGCCUGUGGGAGCGGACAGUGGCGUCUGAUCCUGGUUUGUUCCAGCUGCACUACAUGGACUUGGGGGAGUUCCUGACCGAGAAUGGCAUGGCAAUGCACGGGGCUCAGAUCCCUUCCCAGAGCUCACAGUGCCCUUCUACAUCACCAUCUCCCUGCUCCUCCUCUUCCUCAUCUUCAGUUUCUGCUGCCUCACCACCUACGCUGCUCGGCUUGGACAUGCAGGUGCAGCAGAGCAUGCUGGGAGCUUCCGGCUGUUUGCACAGUCCUCCUCAGGGAAGCCUUGAGCCUACCCCUUCACCCUCCUGCCCACCUCUCACUGCGCCACCCAUGACCAACGCCAACGACAUGCUGACAACCUUCGACCCCGACCCCGACCCGGCCGAUGUGGCUCUGUCCAGCGUCCCAGGGCAGGAGGCAUUUGACCCAUGCACACAUUGCUUUAGUGAAGACGAUCUCAAGCCACAACCUGUGAUCAAAAAGGCCCGUAAGAUGCUCGUCCCUGACAGCUUAAAGGAUGACAAAUAUUGGAGUCGACGCUUGAAGAACAACGAGGCAGCUAAGCGCUCGCGGGACGCGCGACGAGUCAAAGAGAACCAGAUCUCGGUGCGCGCCGCCUUUCUGGAACGGGAGAACGCGGCGCUCCGACAGGAAGUGGCCAACAUGCGCAAGGAGCUCGGCCGCUGCCGCAACAUCCUCAACAAGUACGAGAACCGCUACGUCGAGCAGUUAUGAAGAGAGAAGGAGAGAAAGACGUACUCGGAUCACCGAACGUGUGGAGCGAGAAAAAUGGACACGAGCUGAAAGUCACACAAAGAAAAAAAAACGGAGAAACGCGUGGACUGAAAGAGCGAUGCAGGGAAAUGGACAAAACAAGCCUGUUUAUACUUUCAAGAUACAAAGUUAACAUAGGAUUAAAUGUUUUUCCCUAUAGAGAGAAAUGUAUAUUUUUAUAAAUAUAGAGGCAUUCGAUAUUGGGAAGAAGAGUUUUUUGGAGAAUAUUCGAUAUAUGGAAGAUGUUCCGGAGAGUGUGAGAUGGAGAGAGAAUGUAGAAAUAUAUUGCUAAAGCAUUUUUAUCUGGUAUUUUAAAAAGCACUUACAGGGGGCUGGACAGAUGGGAAUAUAUGAGAGAUGAGAGGAAGAAAAGUAAUAUUGUAAAAGUAAUAUAAUAUUUCAUCAAAUUGGUGGAAUAAUGAUUUCAAACUGUGAACGCUAAUUACAUUUGAUAAAAAAAUAUAUAUUUGGGUUUUUCAAGCACUUAAUUAGCACAGUUAGUCGUGUACUUUUUAUGCAUUUGCGAUAAAAACAGCGUUUUUUUUUUUUUUGGAUGACGUGACCAGCGUUUUGGCAUUAUUAUUAUUAUUAUUAGUAUUAUUAGUAUUGAUUAGCAGUUCUAACAGGGAAGGGCAACCGUUGGUGUUUUUUGGGACAGUGGUUUAUUAAAGAAGAAGACAGAAAGAAAGAGAGAGCAUGGGGUGCAUUGUGAUGGAUUGUGAUAUUAAUUCUUCCUUUUCUUCUCUCUUCGCUGUUUGUCCAUUGAUUUAAAUUCUAAAUUGUAUUGUAUUGUGAAACUAAUCUUCACACACGUACUUAGUUUCCCUUUUUUUUUUUUUUUUUUUUAAUUCUAUUCCUGAAAUAGACGUCCUGUAUCCUUCCUCCCACACAGAUUAACACUACAACGUCUGUGAUCACCAGCACUGUUGGUGCCACAGUGUUUUAAUUCCCUUGCAUACUUGAACCCUCUAUAGAAAUUAUCCUUGCUGUGCAAAGCAUACACCUGUAUAAUACUAAAACAAAUGACAAGAAUUAUCCUUACCAGAUUGUGUAGUACAUACCGUCUGUAUUGUAUACAGAUAUUUACUAUAUUUUCCAAACAAAUUUGCAAUUUCUGGACUUUUUUUUUUUUUUUUUUGGUAGGUUGCUUGCAUAUUUAGCGUGCAGAGCUUUCCCAGGAGUCGUUAGUGUUACCAUCUCCCAUUAUUACUGGAAUUUUGGAUUUUUUUCAGUGACUGACCGGGAUCAUGCUGUUGAGUUUUGCCAAACUUCACGAGUUCCAGUUUUGAGAAUCUCUACACAAUUGCAUCGACAUCAUGACGUGACACUUAACACGUUACAGCACUUUGAAUAUUUACUUCUCCUUUCAGUCCCUUUCUUUAAUUAGAUCACUUUGACUUUUUAUUGUACUAAAUAUUGCAUUAACUUGUGCAACGAUGAACUUUCGCUUUACGUUAAGCUUUGCUCUGUAUUUCUGUUCUUGUAAAAGCACAACUCUUUUCUUAAUUGUGCAUGUUUUAAGCCACUUCCUGUUUCUAAGCUUUCAUAGGUGGUGCCAGGUGGAUUUGUUAAGUAAAAGAGUGCAUUAUUAUUAUUAUGAUUAUUAUUAUGAUUAUUAUUAUUACUAUUAUACAACCUCUGAGACACUCAUGUAGCGGCUGGUGUUUGCUACAAUCUCGAGGAACUGAACGGCACUUUUAUUUUCUGUUUAGACAUUCCACUUUUUCAGUGAUGUAGGUGUUACGCAGUGCAGAAUAUUCUUUUUGGUUUUUUUUGUUUUUUUGCUCACCUCUAUCUUUCGGGUCGGGAGUGACAACAUGAUUUCCCUGCAACGUUCCACCUUGUUUAAUAGAUGAAUGAAUACAUGAUGAUCAUCCUCAUCAUCCUUGAGUUAUGCAUCCCAGUGACCACUUUGAUCUUAGCCAAAGUAUUUCAAAGAAAUUUUAAUGGAGUACACGAAUAAAUAAUUCUUAUUCACAAA